UCACGUCCUAAACGUCGUCUUUUUAAACCGUGAAACGCCUCAUGUUUCUUAAAUCAUUUGACUGUUUGGGAUUACAACUGUAAUAACUAAACAGGUAUAAGACGAUAAAAGUGCUUAGCGGACAUCAUUUGCGUGUAGAAGAUAAACGCUGCAGGUCAAUAAACCCCGGAAAUGUGUUGAUUGGUACAGGCGGAAGUGAACGCGUGUAAACAUGCGGAGCGAAGAAUACAGAGCUGAGAGAGCGGGCUGGCGGUGGGAGACUGACCUACUUGAGUCAUUUACUUGAAUGAAGGAAACUAACUUUUUCUUUUCUUUUUUCUUUCUUUGUAGCGACUUUUCAAUUGACGAAAAGAAAAAAAAAUUGCGUGUAGACAACUUUACAUAUAAUUUCCGGGAAAGUUUGAAACAGUUUGAUGAAGCGGUUGUGAGCGUGUUGCUGGUGUGAGUGGAGAAGCUGCGCUCUCGGGAGUAACAGUCGAGUCAGUUAUGCUGGUUAAGCGAGUGCCAUGCUGUGAGUUAUGAUGGCAGUAUGGCAAACUCAAACCCUAAUCCUAAUACCUCUCCUUACUGCACACAUCAUUUGGAUCUUUCCUCAUGGCUCAUACGGAGUUUCUGUCUCAUGCCGGUGGCAUAAAGUUUCAUCGCCCACUUCCAAUGUGUCCAUCGAAUGCCAAGCAGAUUCUCAGGAAUCCACAUUAAAAUGUGACUUGUGUCCCCUUCUUGUGCCCUUCCUUGACCCAGCGGCGCACGUCUCUCAGACUGAGUGCAGUCGUACGAAUGUGAGCUUUAGCGAGCUUACAGAUGGGCAUGACUGUAAGCUGCUCUGUCCAGGACACAUGCCAGAGCACAUACCUUUGUCCUGUAUACUACAGGAAGUCUAUCCCCCUCCUACCUGCUUAAUUCCAAAUCAGGAUCUGGACAAAAAUAUACAUUGCAACUGGACAUGGUCAAGUAACCCACUGAUCCCAACCGACUUCACCCUACACUGGACAGAUGUUGAUGAUGACCCUAGGUACAGUGGCUCUAUAAACGUAGGGCAGAAAGACAGAGGCAUUAUUCCACGGGAUAAAUACCCAUCUCAUGGUGACAUUAAGGUGUGGGUUUCCGCAGCAAACAUUUUGGGGAAGAUCGAUUCAGAAACCCUCAUAACCAACACCGAGAGUAUCAGCCAGCCAGCACCUCCUUCCAUUACCCAUCAUGAUGCUUCUGAAGCUUUGGAGAUUUUUUGGAACUACAAGGACCAAGGAUACUUGUCCAAUCAAUGGCCGUGUAAGGUCCAGUACAAGAAGCAGUGUGACCAGGCCUGGACAGAGGUUGAGGACACUUUUGAUACAAGCUUUUUAUUAGAUGAGGCCGAGCCUUUCACCACAUACAACUUUCGCAUCCGCUGUAGGCAUGUUUCUGACGAGAGACCAGUGAUGAGUGACUGGAGCUCAGAGUACACUGCUAAAUCUCCUGCUGCAGCGCCGACGGGAACGCUUGAUGUUUGGUGUGACUGCGAUUCUACUUCAGAUGAAUGCACCAUCCUGUGGAAGGAGUUGCCCAAGCAGCAGGCUAGAGGGAACAUCAACAGCUACGAGGUGUCUAUGAAACUGAGCAAUGGCUCUGUGUUGAACAUAACUGAAUCAGCAUACACAUCUGCAGAGACGUGUGCACAAUGCAGAAUGGAUAAAUCAUUAAACCUGGAUCCACAAGCGCAACAGAGCUAUGUGACAUGUCCUCAGGAACAGGAGCAAAGCUGUUUUCAUUACUGCCAUCUCAGUGUUUCAGUUAAGCAGGUGACGGGCAUUGGAGUGACUGCUGACGCAGCAGGGGGCAAGUCAAGUCCCGCACAUGUUGCAUUACCCAGAACUGAUCUGCAGCAACCAGCCAUAUCAUUGGAGGUCAGAGGAAAGAGUCAAGAGCUUAACGUAUCCUGGUCAGUGCAACCUCCGUUCUCUGACAGUUUACAAGAAUAUGUGGUGCAGCAUAAACCAGUUGGACUACCUCACAGCCCAUGCCUUAACUGGGUUAAGGUGCACAAAACCCAGACCUUUGUUAAGCUCACAGGUCAACUGUCAAACUACACAGCCUACAAUGUGUCUCUGUUUGCUAUUGUCAACAACAGCAGCUGUUUACUCAAGUCUGUCAUUGCCUACACUGUUGAAGGAGUGCCUCCAGAAGUCACAGACUUCCAAGCUGUACCUACCUCUCCGACUAGUGCAAACCUGACCUGGACGCCUAUUCCUCUUAAUAUUAGCCAAGGACGUAUCUUGCUAUACCAAGUGGGCUUUUCUCAUGAUGCGGUUGUGUACAACGUGAGCAGCAAUCAGAGCAGUCUCCAGGUCAAUAAUCUGUAUCCUGGUCAGCAGUAUGUAGUGUGGAUCACCGCUGUAACAAGUGCUGGAGAGGGAAAGAAUGCAACUUCCUACUUUACCACAUCUUCCCCUGGCAACAUUACGGCAGCAGUAGUGGGCAUUGUCAUAAUUGUUUUUAUUGUCCCUUUGGCCUUAUUCAUUUUAGUUUUGUGGUGGUGUUCAAGAGGUAAGGGAACCAGGUGGUUCUACAAAAUUCCAGACCCCAUCAACAGCAGCUCAUUUAAACAGAUGAGCAAUCAGUUCUGGCACUCAUGGCCUGUUACUUCAUCCUCCAUGGAGUAUGGACUAACCAUCUCUCAGAUCGAGGUAAUUCCUGAGCCAGAAGUUGAACAUGAACCUGAGAUGGAGCAGCCAGAGGAGCACAGAGAACAGGAACAGAGCAGAGGAAAGGAGUUGCAAAGACUUGGGGUGUUAGAGCGAAACAAUUCCAUGCUACAGCAUCAAAAAGAAUACAGCCAAAUGAUUGACACCAGUGAUGAGGAAGGCAGGGAAGAUGAAGACAGUGAGUGGGACGAGGAGCCGUUUCCUUCCGACUAUGAAAAACAUUUUUUGCCCAUCACUGUGGAUGCAUGAAUCUUCUAAAGUGCCUGGAAAUGAUUGUGGCCUGUCAUAGCUUUUUUUCCUUUAUAUUUAAAAUGUGUUAUGAAAGGCAUUUUGGUGGUCUUGAAAUUUAUUGCAAUGCAGAAUGUUUUGUAAAAAGCAUCAGGAAACUCAGCCAUAAUCAGCUGACUCAGGUGUCAUUAAUGUGCCAUUUAGAAUUAAAAGAAUGAGCACAACCUCAUGCACAUCAAUGCAUUUCAAUCUUUUGGAAGAACAUGUGCCUAGAUAUAUAACAAAAUAUAUGUCAAUUUUGCACAUGAGUAGCGUUCAGUUUGGAAGUUGAUCAGAAAUAGCUACUUGUGGAUAACACCUUGUGUGGUUUUACAUCGAUAUAGAUAUACAGGACUGUGCAAAAGUCUUAGGCAUCAUGUGCUUUAGUAAAGCUCUUUAUAGAUUUGUUUUAAUGACUAUUAUUGAGUUGGCACAAAACAUUUCUGAUUUUCAACCAACAGUAUUCCAACACAAAAUUAAAAGUUACAGAAAAAUAUUUGUGUGCUAGAAAAGAAAGCAGCAUAUUAUAUAAGCAACUACUUUUUAUGCAAAGAACAAAAUGAAAGCUGAUGGGAUUUGCAUGCAAAAAAGAAGUAGGUGCAACAGUCAAAGUCCUCAGAAGAACUGUUCUGUAGGAUGCUCAUUAAACGUAGUAGCUAAUUUCCUUAUAAAACUGUACAAAUUGUACGUGACACUAAAGGAUCCUCAAAGCGUUGUUACACCAAAGACUAACUUUAAUUUUUAUUUUUUAUUUUUUUUACAUCCUUGCUGUACAGCCUUUAUUUGCAUGUGCCUAAGACUUUUGCACAGUAACUGUAGAUACAUCACUCUCAAGCCAUAUAUACUGGAUUGGGAACGCUUCAUGGACCACUGGUACAAGCCAGCAAAGGAAGAUACAAGUGCCUUUUCAGCAUAUAUUCAUCUCUGACUCUACAGAGGGAUUUACAGGAACUGACAGACUGACUCUUACCGACUGUAAAAAUCAUGGCUUGAACUUUUUCCAUGUGCAAUUUGUGUUUUAUAGUAUUACAAAACUUAUACAGUCAUUUAAUGACUGUAUCACAGUGUCAUAUUUUUUAUUUCUAACUUUUUUUUUGUCUUACAGAGGAAUGCAUAUUUUACUCAAAUCAAUGUAUUUUUCUAAACAUUAUGGAAAAUUAUACUUGACAAAAUGUAUUAGAAACUUUUAUUAAAAUUGACAAGAGAAUGUCAAAGGUUUU